GAGAAAAGUCACAGGUUGUUUCUGGUCGUCGGCGUAGGAAGACGGGAACAAUCAGGUCGGCCAUUUUGGUUCUCCGGACCUACCGUGCCCCACCACUCUUAAUAGUGAUCUUACCGCCGUACUGUGCGUAUGUUUGACCUUUUGACGCGCGCGCUGCUCAAAUUUAUCCCAAUUUUCACUGGUUUUCGUGCGAUUUUCGACGGGAAAACUGUCAAAACUUGUACCGGACUGUUUCUAACAUGAGUUAGGCUCGGUAAGGAAACGUUACAGUGCGGUUUUGUGUGCGUUAAGGCGGAUUUUUCUUCGUUGUGUUGUUGACAGGAUACGAGACGGUGCUGUAUGUACCUUUUUACGGGAUAGGUAGACAAAAGUGAUACUGUGCCCCAUGUGUGGGACAACAGCUGGAUCAAAAUGUGGAUUAAUAACGUCAAGAAGAAGGAACUGUGGAUUAUAACCGUUGGAUUUUUCUUGGCGAUUUUGUUUGUGCCGCAAACAACAGGGUUGAUUUCGUGUUCGCCCAGUCCAUGUAAAAAUGGAGGGACAUGUAUAUCAUCGCCGACGCUGAAAGGAGAAAGUUUUUGCAAUUGUACAUCGAAGUAUGUCGGCGAGUACUGCCAACACCUCAACCCCUGUCACACGGGCAAGGGUCCCGGCCCGCGCUGCCAAAACGGUGGCUCGUGCCAGGUGAAGAUCGGCCCGGGCGGUGCGCCGAGCUUCGAAUGUCGUUGUCCUCUCGGGUUUAGCGCAUCGCUCUGCGAGAUCCCGAUCGCGAACAGCUGCGAUCGGAGGCCGUGCAUGAACGGGGGCACUUGCUCGCUGACGUCGCUGGAGUCGUACCAGUGCGGCUGCGCACCAGGAUUUACCGGGGAGCAUUGCGAGAAACAGGAUCACUGCGCAUCGCAGCCUUGUAGGAACGGCGCAGAAUGUACGAGCGUGGGCGAUUCUUAUCAGUGCACGUGCGCUCCUGGUUUUACAGGGGCCAGUUGUACCGAGGACAAGGACGAAUGCAAACAGAAACCCUGCAAGCAUGGGAAGUGCCAUAACACUCACGGCAGUUACGCAUGUACAUGUAGUGAAGGAUAUACAGGUCAGAAUUGUGAAAGCGAGUAUAUACCGUGUGACCCAAGUCCUUGUGCCAACGGUGGUACUUGCAGAUCGGGAGAAAAACACACUUACACCUGUGAUUGCCCUUCAGGCUUUCGAGGUCCAAAUUGUGAGGAGAACAUCGAUAAUUGUCCUGGUCACCAAUGCCAAAACGGCGGCAAAUGCAUUGAUGGUGUGAACACGUAUACCUGCGAAUGUCCUUCAACCUACACCGGUGAAUACUGUGAACAGGAUGUUGACGAGUGUGCGUUACGGCCGUCGGUGUGUCAAAAUGGCGCCACCUGCACCAACAGCGUGGGUGGUUUCUCUUGCAUCUGCGUGAACGGCUGGACAGGACCGGACUGCAGUGUAAACAUCGACGACUGCGCAGGAGCUGCCUGUUUCAACGGCGCAACGUGCAUCGACAGAGUGGGCAGCUUCUAUUGCAGAUGCACCUCUGGAAAAACCGGUUUGUUAUGUCACUUGGACGACGCCUGCACCAGCAACCCUUGUCACGCCGACGCUAUCUGCGACACCAGUCCCAUCAACGGCUCCUACACCUGCAGCUGUGCCUCGGGAUACAAAGGCGUCGAUUGUUCCGAAGACAUUGAUGAGUGCGAGCAAGGUUCACCCUGCGAACACGACGGUAUAUGCGUGAACACUCCUGGUUCAUUUGCCUGCAAUUGUACCCAGGGAUUCACCGGACCACGAUGCGAAACCAACGUGAACGAGUGCGAAUCCCAUCCCUGUCACAACGACGGGUCAUGUUUGGACGACCCUGGAACGUUCCGUUGCGUCUGUAUGCCCGGUUUUACCGGAACUCAAUGUGAAAUCGACAUAGACGAGUGCAAGGACACGCCAUGUUUAAAUGGCGGAGUCUGCCACGACUUGAUCAACUCCUUCAAAUGCACCUGUGCCAUAGGUUUCACUGGCUCCAGAUGUCAGAUCAACAUCGACGAUUGCGUUAGUCAACCUUGUAGAAAUGGAGGAACAUGCCAUGAUUCCAUUGCUGGGUACACCUGUGAAUGCCCUCCGGGUUAUACAGGUAUGUCUUGUGAAACCAACAUCAACGACUGUCAAUCUUCACCAUGUCACCACGGCGAAUGUCUGGACGGAGAGAACUCAUUCACUUGCAUGUGUCAUCCUGGUUAUAUUGGGAGACUUUGUCAAUACCAACUGAACGAGUGUGAUUCGAACCCGUGUCAAUAUGGAGGCAUCUGUCAGGACCUGGUUAAUGGAUAUCAGUGUAUUUGUAAGCCUGGCACGUCUGGACCCAACUGCGAGAUCAACAUCAACGAAUGUAACAGUAAUCCUUGUAGAAAUGGAGCUAAAUGUAUCGACGGUAUCAACAGUUACGCCUGCGAAUGUAUGCCUGGUUUCACUGGUCGGCAUUGCGAGAAUGACAUUGACGAAUGCGCUUCGAAUCCUUGUGCCAACGGUGGCGUGUGCAUCGACCUGGUCAACGGGUUCAGAUGCGAAUGUCCCAGAGGUUACUAUGACGCCCGAUGCCUCAGUGACGUGGAUGAGUGCAAGAGCAACCCUUGCAGACAUGGAGGAAGUUGCGAAGAUGGCGUCAAUCAGUUCAUCUGUCACUGUCUAGCUGGAUUUGGUGGAAAGCAAUGUGAAAUCAACAUCGACGAAUGCGCUAGCAAUCCCUGUCAGCACGGAGGCAUAUGCUACGACCAUUUGGCUUCGUAUACCUGCGAAUGUUUACCAGGAUAUUCUGGAAUCAACUGUGAGACUAACGUUGAUGAGUGCGCCAGCAAUCCGUGCAAGAACGGUGGAACGUGCAUCGAUCACGUGAACAGCUACGAAUGCGUGUGUGAACUUCCGUUCACCGGAAGAGAGUGCCAGGAUAGGUUGGAUCCUUGUGCUCCAAACAGAUGUCGCCACAACGCCAAAUGCACUCCGAGCUCAAAUUAUCUGGAUUUCGCUUGUACCUGCAACCUAGGAUAUACGGGGCGUUUCUGCGAACAAGACGUAGACGAGUGUGUAGUUUCCAGACCUUGUAGAAAUGGCGCCACCUGUAGAAACGUCAACGGAUCGUACCAAUGUCUCUGCGCAAGAGGAUACGAAGGAAAAGACUGUUCCAUCAACACCGACGAUUGCGCAUCAUCUCCAUGUCAAAACGGAGGUACUUGCCUGGACGAAAUCGGCGAAUUUACGUGCUUAUGCGUCAACGGAUUCGAAGGCAAACAAUGCGAAAUAGAUAUUGACGAAUGCUUAUCCAACCCAUGCAAAAACGGAGCCACUUGUAACCAGUAUGUCGAUUCCUACACCUGUACUUGCCCACUGGGCUUCUCAGGCAUAAACUGUGAUACCAACGACGAAGACUGUACAGAAAGCAGUUGCAUGUACGGUGGAACGUGCAUAGAUGGCAUCAAUUCCUACACGUGCAACUGCAAGCCGGGUUAUACUGGUUCGAACUGUCAAAAUCGCAUCAACUUGUGUGACAGCUCGCCGUGUAGGAACUACGCGACCUGUCAAGAUCACACCACGCAUUACACGUGUCACUGUCCAUAUGGAUAUACUGGAAAAGAUUGUGGAGAAUAUGUAGACUGGUGUUCAACGAAUCCUUGCGAGAAUCAAGCUACCUGUAAGCAAGUAAAGAAUCAAUACCAGUGUACCUGUGGCCCUGGAUGGACAGGAAAGGUCUGUGAUGUGGAAAUGGUCAGUUGUCAAGAUGCAGCCAUCAGAAAAGGAAUACCGUGGCAAUUCCUUUGCAACAACGGUACUUGCGAGACCAUCGGCAACUCUCACAGAUGUCACUGCAAGGAAGGCUACACGGGCUCCUACUGCCAAAUCGAGAUCAACGAGUGCGAAUCCGCGCCCUGUCAAAACGGCGCCACUUGCAAAGAUCUGAUCGGUUCCUAUUCCUGCGAGUGUCCUAAAGGAUUCCAAGGCCAGAACUGUGAACUGAACAUCGACGACUGCCAGCCGAAUCCCUGCCAAAACGGCGGCCUGUGCCACGACCUCAUCGACGGUUUUCUAUGCUCCUGUCCCGCGGGAACAUUGGGAUACUUGUGCGAGAUCAAUCACAAUGACUGUCAGUCGGAUUCCUGUCACAAUAACGGCACCUGUAUUGAUAAAGUUGGCGGGUUCGAAUGCAAAUGUCUGCCUGGAUUUGUUGGACCUCGAUGCGAGGGGGAUAUCAACGAAUGUUUGUCGAAUCCUUGCUCGAAUCCUGGUACACAAGCUUGUAUACAACUGGUCAAUGAUUAUCAGUGUAACUGUAAGCCUGGCUAUACCGGUCAUCAUUGUGAAGAAAAGACGAACGUUUGUGCUGCUUCGCCUUGUCAGAAUGGAGGAGUAUGCACUAUCGUCUAUCAUGGUCACAAAUGCACAUGCCAGGAAGGAUAUUAUGGUAAAAACUGUCAGUUCAGCGGGUACGAUUGCGACUCCGAUCCUUGUCAAAAUGGAGGAACAUGCAGAAUAUCAGAUGCUGGAGGUUAUGUUUGUGACUGUCCCGUUGGUACUGCAGGCGUUAAUUGUGAAAUCGACUCUUUGAAUGAAUGCAACAGUAACCCAUGUAGACAUCCAAAUGCCGUCUGUCAGGAUAAGUUUGGAGACUACGCUUGCUAUUGCCCUCCAAAACACACAGGCAAGAACUGUGAAAUCUAUGAUAAGAAUGCACCAGCAGGAUUGGGAGUUUCCAUAAAAACAUCCAUAGAUUUCAGUAAAUACUUCGAAAAGGACUUGGAACGACAAAGACAGCAAUGCAUCAAAAAUAAGUGUGCUUCUAAGAGAGGCAACAGGCGAUGUGACGAAGAAUGCAACACUUACGCUUGUGAUUUUGAUGGCAACGAUUGUUCGUUAGGUAUCAAUCCAUGGGCUAAUUGCACCGCCCCAAUCAACUGUUGGGACCAUUUCUACGACGGUCAUUGCAACGAGGAAUGUAACACGCCCCAGUGUCUGUUCGACGGACGCGACUGCGAGAAGAAGCUGAACCCGUGCAACCCGAUCUACGACGCCUACUGCCAAAAACACUACGGCAACGGCCAUUGCGAUUACGGUUGCAACAACGCCGAAUGCAACUGGGACGGUCUGGAUUGCGACGAGGAACCACCGGAACUUGCCGAAGGCGUUAUCUCUAUGAUCGUCCUCAUGGAUAUGCAGGCCUUUAGAAAAAACCUGAUAGCUUUCUUAAGAGACACGUCACACCAGUUAAGAACAACGGUACGCGUUAAAAAGGACCGACUUAACAACGACAUGAUCUACCCAUGGGUCGGUAACACCAGAAGUCACCUCGAUGGCGACUUCAGUUCCAAACACCACAUCAUCUACUCGGAAACCGCCCAAUCCGGCGUCAAAGUCUACUUGGAAAUCGACAACAGGAAAUGUACGGAGUUCGGCGAAAAUUCCGAGUAUUGCUUCCAAACAGCCAGCGCAGCUGCAGAAUUUCUGGCGGCCAAAGCCUCCAAACAUUCGUUGUCUCAAAGCUUUCCGAUUUAUCAAGUUAACGGAGACUCGGACUUCGAUGAUGACGUCACCCAGCCGACUAACAGCAAGUACGUCUUCGGAGGAAUCGCCAUUGUCCUGAUAACGGCCUUGGCAAUCGUGAUGGUCAUACAAGCUCAAAGGAAGCGAGCUGCCGGUAUUACUUGGUUCCCGGAAGGUUUUCUGCGUAAUAACUCGAGUUUGGGAAGGCGCAGGAGAGGUCCGGAAGGUCAGGAACUGAGGAACUUGAGCAAGAAUCAGUCGAUUCCUGGAUUGGAGUUGGAUUCGCAGCAUGGGCACAUACCGCAGUACUCGGACGAUGACUAUCCUAGCUAUCCUCUGCCUCCCAAACGAGGAAGGGUUGGUGAAACUGGAUACUCUAGCGAUCAGACUGCUAUUACGGAGUAUGAAGAAGCUGAACCUAGAUGGACUCAAACUCAUCUGGAAGCUGCGGAUAUUAGACCAUCGGCUAUGUUAACUCCUCCACAAGGCGAAAACAACCACGACAUAAAUGCCAGAGGCCCUUGCGGUAUGACGCCCAUCAUGGUAGCCGCCAUCAGAGGCGGCGGAAUGGACACUGGCGAGGAGGACGAAGACGAGUCCGCAGGCGCGGUUAUUCAAGACCUCGUAGCCCACGGAGCAGACUUGAACGCAACCAUGGACAAGACCGGAGAGACCACGCUCCAUUUAGCAGCAAGAUACGCACGAGCAGACGCCGCCAAACGAUUAUUGGAUGCCGGAGCGGACGCCAAUGCUCAAGAUAAUACCGGAAGGACGCCACUGCAUGCCGCCGUAGCGGCUGAUGCUUUGGGGGUAUUCCAGAUUCUUUUGAGGAACAGGGCUACCAAUCUGAACGCUAGAAUGAACGAAGGAACCACUCCACUUAUUCUGGCAGCGAGGCUGGCAAUUGAAGGAAUGGUUCAAGACCUGAUUAGCGCAGAAGCAGAUAUAAACGCAGCUGACAAUUCCGGCAAAACGGCGCUUCACUGGGCCGCAGCUGUCAAUAACGUCGAAGCUGUCAACAUUCUAUUGGCUCAUGGCGCCAAUAAAGAUGCGCAAGACGAUAAAGACGAGACACCAUUAUUCCUAGCUGCCAGAGAAGGUUCUUUCCAGACUUGUAAAGCUUUGUUGGAAGCCUUUGCAAACCGAGACAUCACUGAUCAUAUGGAACGACUGCCCAGAGAUAUUGCUUGCGAAAGGUUACAUCACGAUAUUGUAAGGCUUCUGGACGAGCACGUACCACGGAGUCCUCAAAUGGUUAGCGUAGUUUCCAACAGUCAACUGAUGACCUCUCCAACAGGGCAUAUGCUGCAACAGCCCACAGUCAUUAUGGCUCAUAAUAAAAGGCAGAAAUCCAAAAGGCCUUCGAAGGUUACAAGUCCGAUAAGCCCGCAGGAUGGGGCAGAUAACGGCAAUGCUACAGGAGGAAGUAUAAGAAGAAAAGCAAGCGUGAAACGGUCAAAUAACAACAACAAUAAAAAGGCUCAGCAACAGACUCAAAUAACAGAAAUACCACCACAAAGUGCAGAAUCUGCCGCCUCUACAUUGAGCCCGGUCGAGUCACCCAUGACCAACUUGCCCAGUCCAUAUGACGCUACCACCCUGUACUCAAACAUGGGUCUCACGCCUCAGAGUUUAGAGUCCUUGAUGAAUAACAAGCAGCCGCCAAGCUACGAAGACGUGGUAAAAAAUACGUUACAGUUUGGCAUUGAUAACUACGGUGCGUUCAAUAUUUUUCAACAGGACGCAUUAUUGAUGCAACAGAGACAGCUCCAGAAUACCCUGAGUCCCCCAUAUUCAAACCAGUCCCCACCACAUUCUGUGCAGAGUAACAUGUCUCUCUCACCGCAAGGAUAUAAUGGAUCGCCCUCCCCUGCCAAAACGCGUCCAUCGCUACCCACCAGCCCUACUCACAUCGCCGCGAUGCGAGCGGCAACACAGCAGAAGCACGGUGGGGUUCCCCAAACGCAAACCUUGCCCAUGGGUUUCGAUUUCAGCCAGACAGGCUUGGAGUUGCCCCUCAGUUAUAUGGGAGGCAACGCGCAGACGUUGCAACAGAGCCAAACACAGCAGGCACAACUGCAAGCCCAGGGUCAGGCGUUUAAUCAACAAAACUACUACAUGACCCCGCCCUCCCAACACAGCGACCAAUUGCUACCCGAUAACUUUCCGACGCCCUCGCCGGAAAGCCCCGGCCAUUGGUCGUCCAGUUCGCCAAGGUCGUGCAACUCCGACUGGUCCGAAAAUGUAGCCAGUCCGAACACCGGUACCUACGUAGCACCAUCUGCCGUUGGGGGGCACCAAACUAACAAAGGUUCGGACGCCAUCUACAUUUGAAUGGUUGAACUGCAUUUUCGUUCGGUAUAUACAUAUAUGUUACGGUUAAAGUGCUUAUGUGGGCUAGUUUGUGAACUAGUUGGGAGAGAAUACAAACUAUAUAAAAUAGUUUGUGUACUCUCCCAGUUAGACUAUAAAUUAGCUGGGUAAAAACUUUAAUAUUAAGAUAUACAAAACAACCAGUGAAGAGACUUCUAAGUAUAUUUAGCUAAAAUUAUGUGAUCUGGUAAAAUAAUGUUGUUGACUGUUGUGACUUUUUUUGAAGCGCACGUGAAUUUUUUAUUAUUAUUAUUAUAUAUUCGACAUGUGGUCUCAUUUUUAGAUCUAUAUAUUAUUUUUUGUAAAAAUUUUUAGUAGUUUUGUUUAAAUAAUCCGAAAAUAAUCGGAAAAAUUUCGAAUAUUUUUGUACACAGACAAAGGUGAAAUGCAUUUAGUGACGUGUGACCAUGACACGUGUCAAUAUUGUAGGUUUUUAACCAGAAUUCCUAUUUUCUUCAAAAUAUUCAGUUUUGUAAGUUAAAUUAUUGGUUAUUUUCAAAAAUAGUAAAUAGAAAAUAGUUUUAUUUUGUACAGAUUUACCACUCAUUACCAUCCACAUACUUACACUUAUUUAAGAGACACCCUAUAUAUUUAAAAAAAUAUUUUUAAUAAUGCACAUCUUUGGGUCACACGUCAUUUGCAAAAUGUUCUUAUUUUUUUCAAAUAUCAAGCAAUAAUUUAUCUCUCCUUGUUUUUUAUACAGGGUGGUCCGAAUUGUAUUCCGGAAACUUCGGCAACAUAUUCUGCAGAUAAAAAUAAGUAAAA